AUGUGGACGUCGCCGUCCCGAAUCCUCCUCUCCGUCAGCACGUUGCUGUUCGCCGUCGCCCAACCUGCCACGAGCGCCGAUGUCACUUUCCAGAGCGUGAGGAACGAAGUGGUGAAAGAUUAUACCGGCCAAGGGGGCGACAUCCCUAAUAAAAAAUACUUCCGGGAAUCUAGUUUCCACUAUCAUUACGAUGGACGGUUUGCGAACGAGACUCUUCCCGCGGAAGAAACCAUCCCUCAUCUGUCGGAGCUCAUCCGAACGUACUUGUCAACCAUGGCCGACCUGGGAGCAGAAACAUGGAUAAUGCACGGCACAAUGCUGGCGUGGUGGUGGAACCAAAAGAUCUUCCCGUGGGACAACGAUAUCGACGUUCAGAUCACGGAACCUACGAUCCGCUUUCUUGACCAGUACUACAACAUGACCGAGCAUCAUUUCGACAUUCCUGGCGUCGAGGGCGGACGGUCUUAUCUGCUCGAAAUCAACCCAUUCUACGUCAUCCGGUCGACCAACGACAAGGCGAACGUGAUUGAUGCGCGAUGGAUCGAUAUGUCGUCCGGCCUCUUCAUCGACAUCACGGCAGUGCGCAAGGAUGAUGCCGCCGUGGAAAAGGGCGACGUGACGGCUUUGAUGUGCAAGGACGGCCAUCGCUUCGACGAAAACGAGAUCUUCCCUCUCCGCAACAGUCAUUUCGAGGACUUCCCCGUCAAGAUCCCGUACGACUACACCAAACUGCUCAUCGAGGAGUACGGCAACAAGGCCCUGACGGUCACCAACUUCCAAGGUCAUACCUUCAAUGAAGAAACGCUGGUUUGGGAUAAAAACGAGGACAAAAAAUCCAAGCGGGACUCCGUUCCGCAACGGAAGGCUGGCAUUCCCGUUCGAACCUCCCCCCUCGGACCCCGACUCAGAUGA